AUGCCCAAGAGGAAGGUCAACUCUGCAGAAGGGGAAGUAAGGGAGGAGCCCAAGAGGAGGUCGGCAAGAUUGUCAGCUAAAACAGUCCUUGCAAAGGUUGAACCUAAGAUCCAAAAGACAACUGGGAAGGAUAAAUCAGAAGAAAAAAAGUUCACACAAAAGGAAAAGAAAGGAGCAAAAGGAAAACAAGCCGAAGUGACUAACCAAGAAGAGAAUAAAGAAGACUUAUCCAUAGAAAAUGGAGAAACUAAAAAUGAAGAGGGCCCAGUCUCUGACUCAGCAGGAGAGAAAGAAACCAAAUCUGAAUAA